UUGGAAGCAGAAGGAUAUUCGCGGGCCCGAUAACCGUACGUAAAAUUAAGAUACCGUUUUAAUUGAAUUGUUAAGAUUAUACACGUGUAUGUGAUAAUGACAUAACAAUUGGUGGUAUCUAGAACGCAAAAAAGUAAAAACAUGGAGUGGCAAAAUACUUCGCUUAAGUUCGGCGGGCCGUUUUAAAUCGUAACGCGGGCCGUAAUUUGCCCGCGGGCCACGGUUUGGGAAUCACUGAUCUGGAGAGUCUUGCAAAAGAUAGAGUAGUGGAACAUCUCAUUCCAAAAGCAACGUGAAAGUGCUUGGGGCAGCAUUCAUGCUCAAGGGCUAUUUCUAUCAUAAGAAAUCUUCAAAUACACGUCGUGUCGAUUGAACUCAUGGAUAGGAAAAUAUCGGUUUAUCUAUGCGGCGCACACUGUGCCGGGAAGACAACUCUUCAGCAAAGUCUUCAAAGACAUCCAGAGUUUUCAAAGUUCGGAUUUAAAUCUCAAGAAGAAGUAGCAAGGCCGUUGAUUAAGAAGAGAGGACUCACGCCGGAACAACUUCGCAAUCCAGACGUACUCUUCGAAUUUGAGAAAGAAAUUUUGCAAAUACAAUGCACGACAGAGGAUAAUGAAAUAAAAGAAUGUAACGGAAAUUAUAAUCGUUUUCUCUGGGACCGUGGUAUAAUCGAUCCAUUGGGAUAUACAAAGGCUUUUGUCGGCGAGUCGGAGGCUGAAGAAUUAUUUAAAGUUCCACACGCAAAAAAGAUGCUGUCAAGAUGGAAAGAAGGAAAAACUUGUCUCGUAUUCAUGGUAAAACCAGAAAAAGAAUUUAUUGAAUUUGACGGAGUUAGACGAGAAUGCGACAUUGACGAACUUAUGAAUCUACACUAUUCUAUGAUUUCUAUUCUCGACCAAUUGAGUAUAAAGUACUCGGUAAUAAAUUGUCGAGAUCUUGCACAACGUACAGAACAAGUUAUAAAAGAAGUAAAACUACAUUGGUUUAACCAAUAAUCGGAAAUUAAUUUUUUCAUCAUACUAAAGUGCACUUUAUCAAUAAACAAUACGAAAAAGAAGUAAAAUGGUAUUUUAGGGUGGAGAAAGGCGCGAGACACCAAGACUGGUUAUAGGCCAGCGACACCCGUGAUUUAGGUCUAACAGUAAUUUACGUCAAAGGAAGUCGAAGAGACCUGAAUUGAAUACCCAAAAUACGUCCGAUCCCAAAACAGCACUUUAGAAAUAUAAAUAUUCUGAAACAGGCAAGCAAGCUGUUAUAUCUCAGAGAGCAAGAGAUAUCACGGUGUCACGUAAUGUCAUGACGACAAUAAAUGGCUGUAGCGAAUUGGUAAAACAACGCGGUUUAGUGUGUGCAAUUUUACAACAAGAGAAGUGUUUUUUUUUAUCACAUUUGAAAGACAUAUUUUCUAAAGUUAAAUACGAAAUGCUAUUUUGCAAAGUG